AUGAUUCCCUUCAACAACUGUAUUGAAAAAUUGACUGAAUUUUUUGACGGAAAAAAUGAAAAAAUUAGUUCUUUUUUAUUGCAUGAAUCGCCAAAACGUCGAAGAUUGUUUGCUAUUUUUGAGAAUUUUAUUCAAUUGGAGUGGCAUCAAAAUAAAUUUACUUGGUUAAAACAUCCAUUAAUUUGCAGAAUUUCCUCAGAAAUUUUCAAUUUUGCUGGAGAAAUUCAAUUUACAAAUGAAAAAGUUUGGUUUGCCGGUUCUUCAAAUGUUCAAAUAUUUAAUCUUGCUCCAAAUUUAUCAAUUCAUUCAUCAUUUGAUAGUCCAAAAUCUGUUGAAAAUACUCGGUCAAAUUCAAUUAUUUAUUUUUCUAUUGGAAUUAUUUUAAUUGGAUUGGCAGAAGAAGAAAUUAUUUUUUCUAAUAUUUCUAAAGAACAAAUUAAUAUAUUCUUUAACCGAUUGGAGUUAUUAUUUUCGUCAUCACCCAAUAUUUUUGUUUAUUUUUUGAUGGAAAACGAUGAACGUUGUUUACUUACAUUUAUAGCAAUAAUGAAGUUACAUUCAUCAGAACAAAACAAAAUAUUACUUCCAAAAAUGUUAGAUCCAGAAUUGAUUUUUAUUGUUAUUAUUGACUGGGCAUAUUCUGAACCUGAACUUUGUUUUCUUUUAUUGAAAUCAUUUACUCAAUAUUUUUCAAAAUUUAAUUUUCAACAAUUUGAAAUUACCUUUCAAAGAUUGAAAGAUCACUAUUUACAACAGUCAUCAAAUCUUUUACUUCAUCGUAUUCAAGAAUCUCCCUCCUCUUAUUUAAAUAACAAUUUAACUAAUUUCAAGUUUGAUAUUGAAGAAUUGCAUGGGGAAAAAUUAAUUUCUAAACAAAUUAUUAUUUCUACUCAACCAAAAUAUUCUAUUUUGGAGAAAUCAGAAGAUGACUUUGAAUUACAAUAUAAUUUUGAGACAUUCCAAAAUUCUUUCCUUUCGUUUUGUGAAGAAUUAAUAAUUAAAUUAGAACAGUUGGGGAGAGCGUUAAAUUUCCCAUCAGAAAAAAUUUGUCAAAAUUUGUUUUCAAUUAAAUCAAUCAUUUUAAAUGAAAAUGAAUAA